AUGAAGACUCAAACCCUCGCCCUUGCGGCUUUGGCCACCGGCUUCCAGCUUGCUGCUGCCACCGGAUGGGCAGACAAGUCUAGCUUUUCUUGUCCUUCAAACACCAACAAUGAGUGCUCUUCAACUCAAAAGAGUGGAUGGGAUUUCAGCGACCUCACAUCUGGAUCUUUCAGCAACUAUGACGCUUUCUCCUUCUCUGGAUUCACAUGCUCAAACUCUUUCGGCAAGCGUGAUAACCCAAAGUUCCCAAAGAGAACUUCCGGAAAAUGUAUUUCUGGUACAGCUUCUUCAGACCAUGGCUCAUGCCCUCAAUUCUCCUGCGGUAGCUCCUCCAAAUCUGGCUCUUCUAAAUCUGGAUCUUCCGGCGACAUCUCCGCUUUCUCCAUCUCCACCGUUCACGUUACUACUGAGUUCGAUUGUGAUUUGGAAUUCCACUAUGGUAUGGGUGAUGGAUCUACUUGCAAGCAAACUUCUCGUUGCUCAAGUGGAGGCUCCAUCAUCUCCAACUCUCAAUGUGGUGGUGCUAAGAACGUCACCGUUGUUUACUCUUCCGCAAGUCAAACACAUACUGCUGCUACUGGUAAGGCUUCUUGCAGUGUUGGUAUUAGCUCCAUUGGAUUCGACUGCAGCUCGGCAUCUACUACUCAACACCCAUCCACCACUGCUAGUGCCAAGACCUCUGUCAAGACUACUUCUGUCAAGACCACCUCCAGCGAAUCUUCCAAGUACACUUCUGUUGAAUCUUCCAAGACUACCUUAGUUUCCUCCAACAAGGUUACCUCAGUUAAGAGCACUCCUUCCGCCACCGGUACUUCAUACACCCUUGUCGGAACUGGUUCUACCAAGUCUUCGAUCAUUGGAACUUCAGUUAAGCCAAGCUCAAGUGCUGCCACAAGUAUCAUUGGAACUUCUGUUCACACUUCCCCAGCCGGUACAGCUCCAGGAAGCUCUGUUCACACUUACCCAGCUGGUACCGCUCCAGGAGCCUCUGCCUCUUCUAUCAUUGGUACAUCCGUCACUGGAUCUGGAUCUUCAUCUGUUGUCCAAUUGACCACUUCUACCAUCUACGCUACCUCUGUUUCUACCAUCAUUUCUUGCGCCGAAACUGUCACCGACUGCCCAGCUAGAUCAACUGCUUUGACAACUGUCGUUAUUGCCGUUUCUACCACCAUCUGCCCAGUCACCGCCACUGAGGUUCCAGGUUCAUCCGCUGCUUCUUCCAUCAUCGGUACAUCCGUUGUUUCUUCCCCAGCUGCUUCCUCCCCAGGUGCCUCUUCCCCAGCUUCAUCUGGUGCUUCUUCCAUCAUCGGUACAUCCGUUGUUUCUUCCCCAGCUGCUUCCUCCCCAGGUGCCUCUUCCCCAGCUUCAUCUGGUGCUUCUUCCAUCAUCGGUACAUCCGUUGUUUCUUCCCCAGCUGCUUCCUCCCCAGGUGCCUCUUCCCCAGCUUCAUCUGGUGCUUCUUCCAUCAUCGGUACAUCCGUUGUUUCUUCCCCAGCUGCCUCCUCCACUGCCCCAUGUGUCUCUUCCGGUGCCGUUCUCUCUGGCCAAACUGCUUGCCCAGUUUCUUCCGGAUCCGCUCCAUCCUCCUCCAAGGCUUCUUCCAUUAUCGGUACAUCUGUUGGAACUGCCCCAGUUUCCUCCCACGCAACCACUAGCGCAACCAGCCUUGCUACAACUGCUUACACCACCGUUAUUGUUCAAGAAUCCACCACCAUUUGCCCAGUUACCUUGACCCACACCACUGGAGGAGUUACCAGCUUUGAGACCACUUCGACCACCUCUACUGUUCGCUCUUCAUCCACAGUUGUUACUUCCAGUGUCAUCACUGUCACUGCCCCAGCCAGUGCCGCUUCUUCAACUGUUCAAGGUGUUACAUCUGUGCCAGCUCUAAGUGCUACUAGCGUUCAAACCACUGCUUACACCACUGUCGUUGUUCAAGAAUCUACCACUAUUUGCCCAGUUACCUUGACUCACACCACUGGAGGAGUUACCAGCUUCGAGACCACCUCAACCACCUCGACUGUCCGAUCUUCUUCUACUGUUGUCACUUCCAGUGUCAUCACUGUCACUGCCCCAGCCAGUGCCGCUUCUUCAACUGUUCAAGGUGUUACAUCUGUGCCAGCUCUAAGUGCUACUAGCGUUCAAACCACUGCUUACACCACUGUCGUUGUUCAAGAAUCUACCACUAUUUGCCCAGUUACCUUGACCCACACCACUGGAGGAGUUACCAGCUUCGAGACCACCUCAACCACCUCGACUGUCCGAUCUUCUUCUACUGUUGUCACUUCCAGUGUCAUCACUGUUACUGCCCCAGCCAGCUCAGUUGAAGGUGUUACUACCACCGCUUCUGCCACUACCCCAACUGAGACCGCUGCAUGCCCAGAUGUCUUGCCACAAUGCUUGAACACCUGGAUGUACUUGGUCGGUUGUGAGUCCAACACUGAUUCAGACUGCUACUGCCCAGAUACUGCAUUCAUUAACAGCGUCUUUGGAUGUGUUUCUGCAUAUGGUAUCUCCUCAUCUGACAUUGAUGCUGCUCAAAAGUACCUCCAAGGUAUCUGUGCCGCUCACGUCUCUACCAACCCAGCUAUUGUUACUGCUGCUUCUACCGUCUAUGUUCCAGCUGCUUCCAGUGCCGUCGCUACUUCAUCUGUUCAAGGUGUCGCUUCUACCCCAGUUACCACUGUUACUCUUAGCACCACUUUGGUUGUUCCAUGCACUGAGUCUACCGGUUCCCUCUCUGGAUCAGUCAUUCCAUCCUCAUCCACCACAACCACUAUUUCCACCGCUAUCACUGUUCCACAAGUCGCUUUCUCUACUGCUCCAGCAGUUGGAUCAGCAACACCUAGCGUUGCUCUUAUCCCAGGUACCGUUGCUGCUUCCCAAGCCGCAGGUUAUACCACCUCUGCUCCAUCAAGCACCACCAAGGUUGUUUCCGGUGUCGCAGGAGCUACCAAUGUUCCACCUGCCGCUACCACUUCGGCCACCGUUCCAUUCACUGGCAGCGCCAUCAAGAGCACUAGCAGCUUUGGUGGACUCAUCGCCGCUGCUCUUGUCGCCAUCUUUGCUUUGUAA